UGGACGGAGUAGUUAAUUGUUGUAAUGUGUUGACGUUUGAAUAAAUAUGCGAAAAGGGAUGAUCUUGGAAUGUAUCAACAACACCGAAACAUCUUAAGAAUUCGGGAAGAGCAGCUGCAAUGUCCGCUACACCAAAAUCAGAAAAAAAUAUGUCAGAAGCAGACAGCAACAGCAGCAAACCCCGUGGGGGUAAGCUGGCACGUCGAGCACGUUCAUUCAAGGAAGACUUCCUGGAAAUCUUGUCACAGAUGCGUUCCCCAGGCAGUGGUGGUGGGAGUGGUGGGGCUGGAUCUGGAUCUCAACGUUCUGGAUCACCACAUUCACCUAAGUCAAGAUCAUCCCAUAAAACUGCAACAGCAACACCUAGUGUUGACCUGGUAGAUUCUAGUGACAAGAACCCUGCUCGAGACCUCGAUCUUCAUGUUAGACAGGUUCAGUAUGCUUUGAAACAUUUUCGUGAUGUUGUUGGCAAAAACAAGCUUGAAGUUCUGCCGGGAAAUGGGACUGUGGUAUUAGAGACUGUAACAACCAUCCAUAGUAUGCUCAAAAUGUACGUCCUCAAUGAACAAAGUUCAGCUUUGGUUUCUGCAACAAACCAAGUAUAUCAAAGUCUUGCCAAACUCAUUAAACUCUGUGAUGAUGUUCUGCUACAAGGAGAGAAAGCUUUAAAUAAAGAAAAUGUGAAUGAAGUUAUCCAUCUUGUUGAAGAAGCAGUCCAGCACUUGGUAACACUAGCCCAGGAUCAGAUAGCCCAUAGAGAAAGCAGUACAAAAGCUACAACUAAUCAUAUAACUCAUCGUGGGCCUCUGUUGGAUCGAGCAUCAAAUUAUGGUUUGGGAGGAACUGACUUUCCACAGCGUAGCUCAUUGCCUGAUAUUCCUCUUACUCCAAGAGAGCGACAGAUAUUAGAGCAGACAUCUACUUCUGUCACAGACAGGCAUGGAAUAAGUUCUGUACCACAUUCACAGAGCUCAGAGUCCAUAUUGAAUGAUACUAGUCCACCACCAAAACCACCUCUGCCAACAAGGAGUUACCAUAUAUCGGAAGGCAGUGAGGAACCACCACCACUCCCACCAAAACGUCGGCAGCGCUCAACACGACCAACACAACAGCAGCAACAGCAGUUGCAACAGCAGCAGCGUGAUGUUGAAAGUUCAAGCCUUGAAGGCAUUGGCGGACAUCUCGGUACCAGUCUAGAGAGGCUCAGUUUACGUAGUCGUUCCCCAGAGGAUACCUCCUCCUUACUUAGUGCAUCAGCUGGUAGUCUGGAUUCUGUUCUCAACCAUUCACGGGAUGAAGAAGAGUUACAAGCUCUUUCAGGACCUGCUGAUGAAUCACUCCAUUCUAUUGAUGGUUCUCUAGUACCAGGCUCAACUGUGUUAAUGAAUGGCAGCUCGUCUUCUAGUUAUUAUGAAGUGUCAUCCACUGUGACAACUGAUCAAAUACAAUCUGUGAUAGGAAGUGAUAAAAGUCCUUCCCUGUUGACCCCUCAUUCUGACUUGCUCAAGUCCCCAUUGUUCUCUACGGAUAUGCCUGGAAUAAUGCCUGGUACAGUUAUUGGAUUUGAUUCAUCAGUUAACAAGCUCGAUUAUUCAGCAUCUGAAUCAGGCUUUGCUUCUAUGCAUUCUGUGCGAAAUUCGUGCCAAAGCUACACUGCAUCGUCAGUAUCUUCACAGCAGUUCAGCUCAUCUGUGUCACGUUCAUCUCAGCAAAGUACUAUUUCCUGUGAAUCUACCAGCAGCAGGACAUGGCAGGUACACCAGUCAAGCACAAAAACAGAAACAAGCUUCUCAAACACAAAUGUAGUAUCAGGUGAAGGAAGUAGUCCUUCCCCACCAGCACUGCCACAGAAGACCCGUCAGUCGACACGGAGGCGUGAUCGGCAGCUGUCACAGUAUGAUAAUGUGCCAGGGGGAGGGGAAACUGUCAGCACAGAAGUAGAACGACCUGCUGUGGCAGGCUGCCCUGUCCAUGCUGCACAGCAGUCCAGCUGCUGUAGUCCAGAUGGGAAACCUCCACCUCUGCCAUUAAAGAAGAGACACAUAAUGGCAUACAUGGAAAUGUUUGGGAACUGCACACAUGGCAGCACAAGCGAAUUCAUGAGGCAUUCUGUACAUACAUACAAUCUCCUCCAAGCUGAGUGGCAGCAGCAGGAGCUCUCCCUAUCAUCAACACAAUCCUGCUCAUUCUCUCUUGUCUCAACAAGUCAGAUAUUUCCAAAUGCAACAACAUUUGGUACAAUUGACAGCAUAGAGUUUGCAACUUCGUCACCUGUGAAAGCACAACUGGCAAGUCUGCCCCCUGCUCUGCCUCCUAAACGAAGUCGAACAGCAAGUGUGAAAUCGGCAGCAACGCCACCUCCUGUUUCACCGACAUUACCUGGCACCUCUCCAGAGCUACAUCAUAAGGUGGAUGAUUGGAUUGCCCCAUCACAAGAUGAUGAAACAAGAUGGAAACAUGAAGGCAAAACUGGUGGAACAGUUUCAUCUGUCUCAAAAAUGAGUGAUGUUACCCAAGACAGAGAAACUGAACCAAGUCCCUUGGAUGAGUUAGAUAUUACUCAGCACCUCGUGUUUAAAAAACCAGAUGAGGAUGGUCCAGACAUUAGGGGUGGCCAUCCUGAUGCUCUUAUAAUUCAUGCAACCAAAGCAAACAAGAAUGAUUUCUUGUACCAAGAAGCAUUCUUGACCACAUAUCGAACGUUCCUUUCACCACUGGAGCUGGUUUGCAAGUUGUGUCAUAGGCACCAGCGGUUUAGUUGUUCCUCAGACUUGACCAAACAGCGAGCAGCUCGUGAAGCUUUCUCACUUCUAGUCAGAGUUGUCAGUGACUUGACAAUUUCAGACCUUGAUGAUGUGGUGCUGAAAACUCUUAUGGAUUUUGUUUAUCAACUACUUUGUAGUGGGGAUCUCACAAUGGCAAAAGCUCUUCGCGUUAAGAUCCUAGAAAAAUACAAUGCCAAGAAACUGCAAAGCAGUGCUAGUACCUUACUGUCUUCACUCAAUGUGUAUACAAGACAAGCCACUCUGCUGGAUUUUAAAUCUGAACAAAUUGCUGAACAGAUGACACUGUUAGAUUCUAAUUUAUUUAUGAAAAUUGAAAUACCUGAAGUCCUAAUAUGGGCACAAGAACAAAAUGAAGAACGGAGCCCUAACUUGACUAAAUUCACAGAACACUUCAAUAAAAUGUCUUAUUGGGCAAGAUCAAGAAUCCUGGAGCAAAGUGAAGCAAAAGACAGAGAACGCUAUGUUGUAAAAUUUAUAAAAAUCAUGAAGCAUCUAAGAAAAAUAAAUAACUUCAAUUCUUAUCUGGCACUAUUGUCAGCUCUAGACUCUGCACCAAUUCGUCGGUUAGAAUGGCAGAAGCAUAUCACUGAAGGCCUUAAGGAAUACUGUGCACUUAUUGAUAGUUCAUCCAGCUUCCGUGCAUAUAGGCAGGCACUUGGUGACACACAACCUCCCUGUAUUCCAUACAUUGGCCUAGUUCUUCAGGAUCUGACAUUUGUUCACAUUGGCAACAAUGAUUACCUGCCUGAGGGUGCAAUUAAUUUCUCAAAACGAUGGCAGCAGUUUCAUAUUGUGGAAAAUAUGAAGAGAUUCAAGAAAGGAACUUACUCCUUCAAGAAGCAUGAUCGAAUUAUUGCUUUCUUCAACAAUUUUGAUGAAUUUCUAUGUGAAGAAGCAAUGUGGCAGAUCUCAGAGUCAAUUAAACCACGAGGGGGGAAGAAGCCCCAGUCGUGAAUUCACAUUAGUAUAACUACAUCACAGCUCACAUCGUGUCCGACAUGAAGCAGUUUUGAUUAAACAGCUGUUCUGAAGGUCAUAAAAAUGCUUUAUGUAUUUUGUCGUCUUGUUAAAUAAUAUUUUUGUAUGCAAUUUUAUAAUUUUAUCGCUGAUGUACAAGUACUUGUGAUAGUAUACUUAUUUAUUUAUUUUUGUAAGAUGGCAGAUGUGAGUGAAAUAAUUAUCUCAGGCAGCUAAUUUCAGUUUUCCUCCACCUUUGUUGUUGAAGCAUGUAAUGAUUUACAUUUGAGGGGGACCAACUUUCACAUUCAGUAAAAAAUCAUUAAUGGGAAUUUUUCAUUCAAUCAGUUGUAAAUUUAUUAUUAUUUGCAUUGUCCUUAAAAUUGUAUUCUGUGAUGCUCCAGUGCUUGCAGCUCUAACUGUGCCAGACCUGAAGGCAAAAUUGUGUGUCUGGUAACUAGAAGAAUUUUGUAAUGUAAUCUUAGUCUGUAUCUAGCAAUAAUGAGACUUAUUCUGCUUUUGUAGAUUUAUUGUAUUUGUUUUCCUUUGUUGGACCCACAGAAAAAAAACUCGAGAAGCUUAGUGGCAGCUUAUGAGUCAAAUUCCAGUAUACCUUAUUCGAAGAUGCGAGUGUUAUAACAUCUUCACUUUCUCAUCUCAUUCUUAAUAUCUGAAAUUAAUUAUGCUAAGAACAAGGUGUUCUCAUAUUGAAAACACUAAGUAUUGUUUGCACUGGAAGUUUAACAGUACACCUAUGGUCACACUGAUCAAGCAAAUAUUACGGAACAGAACCAAAAGCUUCCUGAAGAAUUAAUUCAAAGCUUUCUCCAGUAUCAUGUACCUUGUAGGAAAUUGGGAAGUUUUGUUGGUGCAAUAGAUUCAUUUUAUCUUCUGUGUCCUGGUUAGAGGUGAGUGGUUGGGCAGCUGUUGUAGUAAUCAGUUCAAGAAUGUAGCAUCCAUACUCAUUAACGAAAAUGUAAAUUUUUUUCUCACUUACUAAAUGGAAUAUGUAGCAGUUUAUUUCCAAAGAAAAAAGUAUCUGAUCUAUUCAGUAGCUUUUUUACAUAUUAUUUGUAUUCAUAAUGCCCAUUUGAGUUAGGCAUAUGCUCGGCAUGUAUUUUGUGUGACUGCUCUGGGCAUCAUAAAUUUGUUAAAACGGUCAGCAAGAACAGUAAAUACGAGCAGAUCGCAUUCUCCUUUGUUGCAGCUGCUUAUGGGAAUAGUUGUCACAGUACAGUCCCUUUACAAGGAAAUUUUAAAAAUUGUCAUCUUAAUUGUAUUAAGCUUUUACAGAGUUGCUUUUCAUCCCCAUUAAGAGUGUGUGUUUCAGCCUGGUUGUCAUACUGUUAAUUGUGUGCCUUUGACUUCAGUACCAAACACUUAAAAAAGGAGUUUUCACAUUUUAAUGAGUUACAACCAUUCACACAGGUAGAAACUACUUUAUUACACAUACCAUGUAACAUAAACAUUCAGAGUUUUGAAUUGCUGUUGGUAUGAGUUCUCUGUCCUGUGAUGGAAAAUGUAUGAGGAAGCAAAAGUAGAAAGAACACACCAUUUGAUAACUUGUAGACAAUUGGUCAUUUGGUGGUAAAUCUCUCGUCUCAGUGCUGGUGGAUAACAGCUGGGUGCUUUCAAAAGGACAUGGCCGAUUUCCUUUCCAACCUUUCGUAAUCUGAGCUUAUUCACCAUCUCUAAUGACCUUGCUGUCGAUAGGACAUUAAACUCCAAUCUCCCUUCUUUCUUUUUUGCCAGGUAUCAGAUUUCAUAAUUUGCAAGGAAAUUGAAUGUGAUCUACUGAUCUUUUUUCUCAUGUGUUAUUUACAUGGAAUGCAGAUAAUUACAAAAAUGUUUUAGAGAUACCACCAUAAAAUAGGUGUCUUUGUGACUUCCAGAAAAUCAAUACUUGUAUAAUGGUGCUUUCAACGUACAUUUUAUUGUGUGAGUGUUUUUAAUACUCUUAAUAAUAUCUCUGAUUAAACAGCAAUGAUUCAAUAUCAUGAGACCAGCUGGACCUUCAUUAAAUGGCAAAUGAAUCCUUAUUCUGGUGUCAUGAACAUGUGGUCACUUCAUGUGAUCAUUCAAACAUUCAUAGUAGUGUAUUUAAUUUUUCUGUGGGUUUUCUUUGUAUAACAUGUUACAUUUUUUUCUCAUUUCAUCAGUAUGAAAUGUCUGUACUGUUAUGUCCACACAGUGUCCGUGCAGCUUUAAUUUGUCAGAACUGAAGAUUCUGAAGCUUUACACAUUUUACUGUUAUCCAUAUUGUAUUGGAGAGAUGUGUCAUCUCAGUAUUUCACACGUGAUGUGUCAAUAUGAAUGUGUGUUAAGUGCCAUUAUGAACUCUUAAUGGUUUGUAUAUUGUUGCAUCUGAUGUCAGUUUGAACUGUUCAGUGCUCGUAUAUAUUUCACUUGUUUUUCCGCUGUAGUCAUAUCUGAGAGUUGGUUUCAGGCUUAUGCUGACACCUUACUUAUUGUAAAUUUUGAGUAAGUUCACACAGAAACACUUUUUUGCCUUUGAUAUGGUGAGAGAAUUGUGUGUUAUCUUUUGGACCACAAUUUGUUGUUCCACAUUUGAGACUGAAGAAAGACUAUAGUUUUUCAGUGUAUAUUGCUAUAAAGGUAAUAAUCUUAAUAAUCUAACAUUUGUAAGUCAUUGUGAGGUUGUCACACGUGACAAAUUUGUAGAAAUAUUCAGGAGAGGGAAGGAGGCAGAGGAGUUAAAAAUAAUAUGUUGUUUUUCUAAGAUGUUGUGUUUGAACUGACAUAAUUUAUUUUCCUUUGCUUAAAGGUGUUCUAUACUUUUUUAUUAGUAUGUAGCACUGUCAUAUUUUUAUAGUUAUUUUGUCGAACAUUUACUGUCACUGUACUCUUCUGAAAUACACCGAGAUUUUUUAUUUUUUAACUUUUUAUACUGCUGAUAGUAUUUGGUAUAUUUCACGGAUUUUUUUUUUACUCAUUUUGGAAAGUAAAUAGCAGAAAUGACGGAAUAUUUUGUGACUACAACUAUUAUACUAGCUACUUUAGAAGGUUUGAUUUAUCCUUCUGUGAAACACUAAACUGGAGCCUUUGGUAAAAUUUGUAUUUCCAGUUAUGUAGCAUUAACAGCCUUGUUAUGUGUUUACUUCUUUUCAUAUUUAAUUUGCCUAAGUGGAACAUUACAGUCCAGUACACUAAUAAGUAUCAUGGUUUUACUUAUUUCAUACUGUUUGUGUCAGUAAGCUGUUUUGAGUGUUUAUAAAAAAAAUGAAGGUUGCAUUUGACAGUACAGAAACAAAUUACUCAAUAAGAAUCCUUUGUAUGUGUAAUAACUUUGAGUGCAAAAGCACUACUAGCAUCACCCUCAUCCAUGAUGCACUACAACUUCAGUCUUUAGGUAAUAUAUAAAGAAAUGCAACCUGGUUUAGUCAAGAAAAUUUAUGCAAAACAAAGAUAUGAGUGGUUGUUUUAAUUUAGUGUAAAUAAUACAUUUUCUUUGGCCAUUGUUGGACCUUGUGUUUCUACAUGUCACAGUAUGUGAAUGAUGAAUGCAUGUAUUUUAUAUCU